UAUCCGACCUACCUCACAUAAAUUGGCAGACUUGUAGGACCGCUGCAGUAUCCUCUGUGCACACCGCAACCUCCACUCUGUUCGACCUGGCGUCUUGGCCGUAGGCUUUGUGAGUAGUUCAUCGGUUCAACGCGGAUCGUGAGUAUGAACAAUCAAUCCAGUACGUGACGACAAUCUUCAACGCGGAUCGUGAGUAUGAACAAUCAAUCCAAUGGAACAGAGGUUGGUGCAUUAGGUGCUUCCGGCCUAUCUUCCCGUGACGCACCGCAUUUGCGAAGAACUGAGCGCAGGCGAGCUCAGCAGCAAACGUCUCGCGAUCGCCUCAAGGCUGAAGGAUUAGAUGAGUAUGGCCAACCUCUCAACGUAUGCCCCACAGAUCAAGUGCUCAAUACGGUGUCGACGGCGCGCGAGCAAGUAGAUUCAGCACCAGCGAGCAACAACGAGUAUCAUUCUUCAUCUCUUGAUGCUUUUCAGUCGGCCAGGACGACAUUCUCCUCAUCAGCAAGCUCUCCGGCUCAUUCCAUAAUACCUCCUGUCCAGGAAGCGAUUGAUGAUCCUCGCAUCGCUCAUUCGAGGGCUGAUAUGGAGUUUUGGACAACAUAUAUUCGUCAUACUAUCGCUUUAUUCAGCUUCUCAUCACCCCUCACGUUUAUUUUGAACCCAAUGGGUGCAGACGAAUGCGUUCCAAGAAGGGCAGAUCAGAUCACGCGUGCCAAUGCUGGGCCCUGUCUAUUGGAUGUCGAUUGCAGAAGUAAUCUUCCUUUUCUCGAACAUGAGAACUGGAUCAUAUCUACGAUUGCUGGCCUGCAAGCCGAUCAUCAACUUCAUAAUGACAGUCAACUCAACCAUCGACAGACAGAGCUCGUCGACUGUCUCCAUCAAGAGUUAAGUUGGUUGGAGCAUUACCGAUCACAGGAAUGGAAUAGACAGCGAAUGCCUGUUGCCGCUGCUCCUGCUUUUGCUACAAAAACCAGCAUUCAUGUUGACACCACGCCUUAUUUCAACAUCUACGAUCGUCACAUGAGCCCACUCGUUUUCGCAUACUGCAUUGUCGCUCUUAUUAUGAGCCUACUGCAAAGGCUUCCCCGUAGAGGAAGCAAAAUACUGUUGGCCGGCCUACGAACUAUUGUGCGACUCUCAUUGACUCACGAAAGGGGCAGGUCCACUGACGAGCACCACACAAUCUUGGAGGAGCUAUCGAAAGACAUUCGCACUAUACUCCACCGCUUCGACCUCAAUCCACGUACACAUGCCUAUGCCUGUUGUCCGAACUGCUUUGCACUCCAUGAACGCCAAUCUUGCCCCCAGU